AAGGCGUGAGAGAGUGGUGGGUGAGGAGUUUGGUCGGCGGAGUUUAAUUUAAAACAAGAAAAACUUUCCCGCCUUCCCGCCCACUCCAUUCAUUUGACUUUGUCUUUGUGUUUCUACUUUGAAUUGGAAACCACACCAAAACAAAAAUAAAAAUACAGUGAGAAAAGUGAAGAGUGUGAGAGAGAGAGAGAGAGAGAGACACACACACACACACACACACACACACACACAGAGCUUCAGAGUUACAGAGACGCCGACGGAGAAUGUGGAAGAGGUGGUGGUGGUAUAGCCCAUUGUCACUGGAGCUUUCUCUUUGGGCAUGGACACUCCAGUGAAAAACCAGCUCUCUCCUGCCACCCCUUUUUCUUCUAAAUUCGAGGAUUCUCCUGUUUUCAAUUUCAUUAGCAAUCUUUCUCCAAUUGAGCCAGUCAAGACCAGACUUAACGAUCAUACAUUCAACUCAGUAAAUUUUUCAUCUCCACCUUCUCUUUUUGCUUCACCACAGAUUAGUUCCUUCAGCGAAACUAGAUUUGCUAUUAGAAGGCAUCACUUUUCUGACCCAACAAAACCUGAUUCCUCAAGGAGUGAAAAUGAAAAUAAUACUAGUGAAGGAGUUUCAGUUGCUGUUCAACCGUCCAAUCUACGUACAGAGCAACUGGGAUAUAUAAGUCCUGGCAGUUCAGCUAGAGAGGUUAUUGAUGAGCCACUAACCGACAACUUAGAAUUAGCAAUUGAAUUGCCAAGUUCCUUCAAAUAUGAUAGUGGUAGCCCAAGUAGCAGUGUCCUUCCUUGUGAUGCUAUUAACACAGACUCUGUGUCGGAUACAACAAACACACAGGCACAACUUGUGCAGUCUGUUACAGUUAACUCAAAAGAGCGGCACAUUUUAUUUGAACGUGAGAAAUAUUUGCGGAGAAUCAAUCGGGUGGAGCAAAAUAAUGAAGCAGCACGACACGAUUGGGAGAAGAAGAUAUCUGAUACUGAUAAUCUGUUUAAUUUUGAUUCACCUGUCACUGGAGAGCAACCAGAGGGGCCGGAUCCUAGAACGGUGGAUACUGGGUCAAUGUCUUUUAUCUCUGAUGUCCUGGAAGAUGAUCUCAAUAAGUUUGAAAGGCCAGAAUCUACUGAUCCUGUUGGUUCUUGUGAACAUUAUGUAAUGGGAGAACCAUGUAAAGAAUCUAAAGGAACUGGAGACAUGAAGGAAACAGAUCAAACACCAGCAGUGCUUUCUAGCACUCUAAUGGAUAAGUUGGUUGUUAAUGAUUCAAAUGAUAUGGUGGAUGACAAGAGGCGAAAGGGCAUACAAUCCAGCUGCAAGCCUAGGCCUCAGUUGCAUCGGACAAUACGGAGACGUUGUCUUGAUUUUGAAAGGGCUGGAAGUCACGAAAAGAAAUCAUCUUGUGAAUGUAGUGGUAGUUCUGCAGUUGCAAUACAGUCCAAUAGUAAAGUUGCCUCUGUGCAAAAUAAAUUUGUACACAGUAUGGGUGGAAGUUUUCGUUCAUCAUCCAAGUUACCAGGUGUCGGUUUGCACUUGAAUUCUCUUGCAACUCCAACUGAGGGGAAAGUUGUUGACAAUGAAAGUUGGGCUUCAGAAAGCCAAAGAAUAAGCAAACGAGUGUCCAUAAGAUCUUGUGAUUCUCUGAUACCUCGUGAGACUUCCCACGAUAAAUUCUCUCCCAAAAGAUCUUUGGAGAGAGAUUUAGUUCCUUAUGACAAUGAAGGUCAAGCUAUAGAAGAAGCCCAUCAAACUUCUACAUAUGUUGAUGAAGAGUUUGACUCUAGUAGUCCACAAAACAAGAGGCGAAAGUCAGAACAUGUUGUAGAAAACUUGGCCUGCAAGCGCUGUAACUGUAAAAGAUCAAAGUGCUUGAAACUUUACUGUGAAUGCUUUGCUGCUGGUCUCUACUGUGUGGGGUCUUGUUCAUGUAUAGAUUGCUUAAACAACCCUAUUCAUGAAAACACUGUCUUAGAGACUCGUAGACAGAUUGAAUCUCGCAACCCACUUGCAUUUGCUCCGAAAGUAAUCAAAAGUACUGAUGCUGUUGCAGAAUUUGGGGAUGAGACAAACAAAACUCCAGCUUCAGCGAGGCACAAAAGGGGAUGCAACUGUAGAAAAUCAAGUUGCUUAAAGAAAUACUGUGAAUGCUUUCAGGGUGGUGUUGGAUGCUCUGUGAGCUGCAGAUGUAUAGGAUGUAAAAACACUUUUGGCCGGAAGGACGGUGAGUGUUUAUCUGUAGGAGCCGAAGAAACUGAAUUCAAAGAAUCAAAAGUGGAAACUUUAGGGGAAAAGAAUGCAACGGAUGUGGAGACCGUUGGAGAACCAGAUCUUCUAAAAACACCGUCCGAGAUUGGCAGACCUCCGUAUCAACAGCCAGUCACCUUAAGGGGGAAACCAUCUCCAUCUCCUCAGUUGUUCAAUAGACAGAAUCCUGAGAAAUCAAAAGUUUUAUGUGGACAGCUCAAGUUUGAAACUCGUUUCGAGGUAAUUCCUGAGGAUGAAGCUCUUGAGAAAAUGGAAAGCAUUUCCCAAGAAACCAGCGGUCUUAAGUCAGGAUCGCCAGAUUCUAAGUGGGUUUCGCCUCCUCAUGGCCAUGGCGAGUCUGGGUCAUCAUUAAAUUGUUGGAGGGGUGGUAGGAAGUUGAUUCUGAGGUCUAUCCCACCUUUCCCAAAUUUUAACCCACCAAGCCACCAUUGAUUUUGUGCACAAGUUGCAAUGUUUUUCAUAAUACAAUUUCAAAUAUGACCAUAAUAUUCUUAAAUCCCAUCAAUCCUAUAAAACCUUCUGCAAUCUGGAGCUUUAGGUGUGUUUAAUGUUUGUUUGUUGUAAUAGAUUAAGUUGAGAGAAAAUUUGUGAAGCACCAACUACUACAAUUUUCCAAUGGCUUACAAGUUCAUAAAAUAUUUUGUUGUUCUCUA